AUCUGUAUACAGAUAGGAAAGUAAAAAUGUUUCUCGAUUUUGUGGUGAACUGGCAAAGAGAUGGGAAGCAUCAUCUAGGAAUAAAGAUCGUUUCUUAAAAAAAAAUGAAAGUUGGUUACAAUGUGAAGUAUCACUUAUUAAUGUUGAAUACGACAGCAUGAGUUCAGCAUCAACUUCUCAAGUAGGUCGACCAUCCCUAUCAUUUGAAGAGAGUAGUGAAAGAACUAAAAGACGCAAAAUAGAACAACUUCGCUCAGAAGCCGGUAACGCCGAAAUUACAUAUGCGCUAAAAAUGAAUUUACGGGCCGAAGGGAAACACGAUGCUGUAAAGAUUCUUGGCGAAGCAUUGGAAGCAAGUCCAAACCGGGCUGCCAAAAUGUUGCAUGCAUGGCAGGAAUCGCAUCGUAAACCGAUUAAAUAUACAAGCGAUGAAUCUUUGUCCCUGAUGAUUGAGGCCAAGUUAACGAAACAUCAGUAUAAUUUAAUUUGCUCACAUGCUAAAAUAAAAAAUGCUGACAUUUAUCUAG